AUGGGAUCGUUUGAGUUGGAAACCGCACCACCUAGUGCUGAACUCCUCGAAGUGGCUCGAGAGGAACUUCGCGAAACUCCGGAAGUUCGCCAGGCGGCCGUUGAGGAGCUGCGCAAGUUGCUGCUGGCCGCCACCGAUCUCAACUUCCCGGACGAUGAGGAAUUCCUUAUCAUCUUCCUCCGGCCGACCAAGUUCUAUGCAGAGAGUGCCCUGAAGUUGAUGCGUAACAUUGCCGAGUUCAACAAGACCUACAAAGAGACGCUGUUUAACCUGAUGCCGACCGAUGUGAUGAACGUGUUCAUCGAGCACAACAUUAUCAACAUCCUGACGAACCGCGACCAGAAGGGGCGCCGUAUGAUGGUCGUCAAUAUGGGCGAAACGUGGGAUCCUAAGGCUGUGUCGGAGGAGCAUAUCUUCCGCGUGCUGUACACGAUCCACAAGCUGGCCGUGCUCGAGCCGGCCACACAGAUCAACGGAGUGGUUGUGAUCUACGACUUCAAGGGCAUGGGCAUGAAGCACGUCCGCUCGAUGUCCCCCAGUGGUGCCAAGCGUCUCCUGACCUUCAUCCAGGAGGCAAGCCCACUCCGAGUCAAGGGCAUCCAUUUUAUCAACCAGCCCAUGCUGUUCAGCAUGGUGUGGUCGCUGUUCAAGCCAUUUGUCCAGGAUAAGCUCAACAAGCGUAUGUUCUUCCACGGUGAUAAGAUGGCCAAACUGCACGAGCACGUCCACAAGGAGUACCUUCCGUCAAAUUACGGCGGAACUCUACCCGCGCUGGACUACGGUGGCAAGGACUGGUAUCCGGUCGCCGAGCAGCACCUCGAUUUCAUCAAGAAGUGGAACACGUGCGGUUUCAAGUAA